AUGAAUGUCGAUACAUAUAAUAAUAGGGAAGAAUCUCGCAAAAUGUCACGAUCCUUAUUGAGGUUCCAAGAUCAAGAUUUUGAAGAUAUCCUUGAUAAAUUUAGAUUCAUCAAUAAUAGACGCUUUCAUAAUGUCUCUUCAAAAUAUACAUACCCUAAUGAUGGAAUAGAAAUUAAUAGAUUGGAAAUAUCUCAUCUUUUGUUAAAAAGUGCAUAUGGUGGUAAUUUCUCUUCUCCAGUGCAUGACAAAUUAAGGAAUGGAAUUUCCGUAUUAGAUGUUGGAUGUGGAGCGGGGCACUGGGUUAUCGAAAACGCGAAAGAUUACCCAAACAGUACAUUUAUUGGAUUAGACAUGUCUCCAAUUUUUCCGACAGAAAACAAACCAAAGAAUGCCGGAUUUAUCGAAUGCAAUGUGCUCGAAGGACUUCCCUUCCCGUCAAACACUUUCGAUUUUGUACAUCAAAAAUUACUAUACGUUGCCUUCUCUAAAAAGGAAUGGUUACAAGUGGUAAAAGAAAUUGUUAGGGUUUUGAAACCUUCCGGAUAUGCAGAAUUUAUGGAAGUAGAACCUUGCCUGCUUAAUGCAGGACCUAUUGUAAAAAGUAUUAAUGAGAAAUGUAGUCAAUAUUUAAAAUCAAAAAACAUAUUUUUAGAAAUAGCGUUAAGAUUAAAAGAUAUAAUGGAUUCUACAAAAAGUUUUGAUGAAGUUAAUAUAGAAAAGCGAAUACUUGCAGCUGGAAAAUGGGGAGGAAAUUUUGGUGAAUUGAUGCAUUUAUACCUCAGUAUGACCAUGGAAGCUAGUUCAGCAUUGGUAUUUGAAAACACUAAACGCGACAAAUAUGAUAAAUUUAUUAAAACUUAUUACGAAGAAAUCGAGGAAUAUAGGUCAAGUAUUGUUUAUAAGCGUUUUUACGCGCAAAAGCUGCAACCUUUUAUUAUUCGGGAACACAAAGAAUGA